AUGGAAGAACAACAUGAAGAUAGCAACUCUGCAGUUAUAGCUGCCAUUCAAGAUAUGGCAAAUGCCAUUAGGGGAGGAAAUAAUAACCACCAAGAAGAUACUGGAAAUCGAGUCAUGAGGAUUCAAGGAGAAUUUCGGAAAUCUCGACCACCAGUAUUUAAAGGCAAAAUGGAUCCUAUGAUGGCCGAGGAAUGGCUACGUCAAAUUACGAGUAUGAAUAAUCAAAGAGUUCCUAAAGAUUUGAAAGUGAUUAUUGCUUGUACUUAUCUGGAAGGACAAGCAUAUCAUUGGUGGGAAUCGAUCUUAAGCAUGCCAAACACUGAAAUCACCAUCUGGACUGCAUUUGAGAACAUUUUCUUGGAAAAAUAUUUUCCAGACACUGUGAGAGGAAUGAAAGUUCGAGAAUUUAUAAAUCUUCUUCAGCGUGACCUAUCUGUGGCUGAAUACCAGGCUAAGUUUGAAGAACUUAUGCGAUUUGCACCAACCAUGAUUUUAACUGAACUUACCAAAGCAAAACGGUUUCAGGAUGGUCUGAGGCCUACUAUUAAGGAAAAGGUGUCAAUUCUUAAGCUGGAAAGGUACGCCGAGGUGGUGGACCGAGCGCUUAUAGCUGAACAGAAUCUCAAUGAGACUAAGAGAAUCUGGGAGAGUCGACAAACAAAUGGAGGACAAAGAAACAACAAGCGCCAAAAUUUUGGUAACUCUCAAUUUUGGCAACAAAAACCAUUUAGGAUGCUCCAAGACACACGAAGUUGUUAUCAUUGUGGGCAAAGGGGACAUGUUCAGAAACAUUGCCCACAGAAUCAAACAUAUCAUGCACCACUAGUGCAGCAACCUCAGUUCCGACCUGCACAGCAACGUGCUCUGUUUCAACCUCAACAGAACUGGCAGAGACAACCAAUUGGGCAACAAACUGAAGCUAGUAUUACGGAGAAAAAUUUAUAG